GCCAUAUUAGAUAGACAGUAUACUGCUGCUGACGAAGUCAAGGAAGGGGGAACAGUCCUCCAGUGACAAGGGUACUCAGGCCGCAGUAGGCAAUUCGCAAAUCACUCGAGCUAGCUGCUAUAUGGUGGACAGCGAGUAAUUGAGUCCAACAUCUCGGGCAGCGUAGUCCGAGGCGCGUUGUUUUCGUUGUCGUUGAGCUAAGUUGCCGGCAGACAUGACUUCCUUGGUCCAGCGGAGUUCGGGCCUCGUGCAGAGGCGGACCGAAGCCUCGCGCAGCGCAGCCGACAAAGACCGUCCGCCGGGCGAGGAGGACGAAGAGCCCCGGCGGGGAGACGAGCAGGACGGUGACGAUACCGGAGACUCGAAAGAAACACGCCUCACCUUGAUGGAAGAGGUGCUGUUGUUAGGACUGAAGGACCGAGAGAUCAAUGUUAGUCUUCCAACCAAUGCCGAGAGUGAGAACCUGACGCUGCACAUCUUAACAAUGUACACCUCGGGCUACACCUCGUUCUGGAACGACUGCAUUUCUUCGGGGUUGCGGGGUUGCAUGCUGAUCGAGCUGGCCCUGCGAGGACGUCUUCAGCUGGAGGCUUGUGGCAUGAGGAGGAAAGGUCUGCUGGCGAGGAAGGUGAUUUGUAAGUCAGACGCUCCAACGGGCGAUGUGCUGCUGGAUGAAGCCCUGAAACACAUCAAAGACACCCAGCCACCGGAGACGGUCCAGAGCUGGAUUGAACUGCUCAGCGGAGAAACCUGGAACCCCCUGAAGCUUCAUUACCAGCUGCGGAACGUGCGCGAGCGACUGGCCAAAAACCUGGUGGAGAAAGGCGUCCUCACCACCGAGAAGCAGAACUUCCUGCUCUUCGACAUGACCACGCACCCGCUGACCAACAACAACAUCAAGCAGCGGCUCAUCAAGCGGGUCCAGGAGUCCGUGCUGGACAAGUGGGUGAACGACGCGCAGCGGAUGGACAAGCGGCUGCUCGCGCUCAUCUUCCUGGCCCACUCCUCCGACGUGCUGGAGAACGCCUUCGCCCCGCUGCUGGACGACCAGUACGACCUGGCCAUGAAGAGAGUGCGGCAGCUGCUGGAGCUGGAGCCAGAGGGCGAGAGCGUGAAGGCCAACGCCAACGAGCUGCUGUGGGCCGUCGUGGCCGCCUUCACCAAAUGAGGCUGCCGGCAAAGAGCAGUUGCGGCAUUCUAAGUGGCAUUGUACUUUGGGGUGGGAAUCUCAGCACGGACCCCCGACAUGGUGACGGGACUGAACUACAGUUAACCCCUGCCUGGACUUUUGGAACGGGCCGCCCUCUUUUCUCACCCCUCUCCCUCCGUCAUUUUCUUUUUCCUCCCUGAUGAAUCAUGUGGGCGAUUCAUAUCCUCUUUUAUUUUCUAUCGGGUACAUUCUGGACAUGUUGCCAGUAUAUCUCGGGGUGGACACGGACAGAAUUUCCGGUUCACCUGACCUGCAUGUCUCUAGACUGCCUCCUGGGUUGGAAGUGAACCUUCUCGGUAUGAGGCGCCCCCUGCGUUCCAUCUCCUCCGGCCUGAAAGUUGUGUGGAAGAUCACUCGUUUGUCGCUGGGACGAUAAGACUGCACAUGAAUGGGACCAUGGGGGGAACGUGGACUGGUGACUUGUGUGACCUAUGAGUUAGUUAGACCUUAGCUCCAUCUAAUAUUUCUGGGGAAAACAAAAAAAAAAAGGAAAGCCAAAAUAUGGAGAGCACUCGUUGAGGGCAUUUGGGUAAAAAAAUAGUAUACAAAUUCUGCAAACAUCGAAUUGAUGGGGUUGAUAGAAAAACCAUGGAAGGAAAAAUAAAAACCACCAGAUAUUAACGAACCUCUCUGUCAUAAAUACGUGUGAUCCAUAUCCUCUGGCCAGUGGUUUCUUUAUUCACAAUGAAACAUUGAUAUCGCUGGAGGACUUGGAUCGUGUCUCAUCAGAAAGAUAAAGCAGGCUACAUUCAGGUUUCCAGUGUUUGUCUGAAUGGUAACAGCGUCAUCUGCUUGAUAAAACCAGUGUGUGAAUUAUGGGAUUCCGCAUCAGCUAACACAGCUUUUAGAUUGUGUUCGCUGAUACUGACCAGAGGUGAUGAAUAAAAAUUGAAAUAUUUGAGUGGCAGAAACACACUCGGGAAAGCAGACCCAAUUGAUUCCGAGUGAAUAUAACUACAAACCAAGUAAUCCACAGCUGUUAAUGCAGAACGGCUUGCAUCUUCUCCUCAGCUGGGGGGGGGGGUUUGCGUGUCUGCUGCCUGGACAAAACGCCAACUAUCCAGUACAGGUGGAGGUCCAGGACGUGUUGAGUCACUACUAAACAGAUCACACGUAUACUCCCAGCACAGCUCCCUCAAACAUGAAAGUUAAGUCAUUUACAAGAAUGACCUAUCCGUACUUAAACAGACAAACGGACAUGUUUUAGGGAACAUGGAAGCUGUUAAGGCCGACACACCCAAUCCUCGAGUCAAAUGGUUGACCAGCGAGAACUCAGUUUAUGAUAUAUAAAUCACAGAGUUGUAGUAUUUCUCUUAAAGGGAUAGUUCAGGUUUGUUGAAGUGGGACUGGAUGAGCUACCAUAGAUGGAGUUUGGAGAACCAGCACGGGCAGCAAAGCGAUUGGCUGCUGUGAACGUAUUUUUAGACACCAGAAAAAAAAUCUAUAGUGUAUUUAGAAUAUUUUCACCGCUUUACCUUACAAAUCCUUCGCAUUUGAUUGGAGUGCUAAAAAGUGGGCGGGCCUGGACUGCAUUGCGAUACGGAGCUGCAGAGGAUCUCACGCUAUUAUUGGUUGAGAGUGGUCGAUGCUAGCUCACAUAAGAGUACGUAUUUUGUUUAAUUUUUUUUCACAGGACGAAAAAGUGAUAGAUAUAUAUUUUUUGUAAAUUAUUUUGCAUGUAUUGUUUAAUAGGUCCACAAUAUGACCGAGGAUGUGAUCUAAAAGGGCAUUUUAUCUCAAAAUAGUUUCUGUUCAGUUCCCCAUCGACAAUAUAGUGAACAUUUAAACUGGGGGAAUGUUUUUAUUUUCUUUGCUGUCCCCGUCCACAGCGGAACAUCGCCCCGCCUCCACCUUAACACGCCGAACUGUCCCUUUAAUGGAGCUAGCAGUCUGUGUGACGUCUUGGAUGCAGAGCUGAAAUAAGACCGCGAUAAGUAAGAUGCGCAGACAGACGGUACUAAACUUCAAAACGAUCUGAUGGACUAUCCAACCAAAGUCUAAUCCGAAGAAUCAAAAAGAUGGGCUCACAUUCCAGAUGUUGAUGUAUAUACUUUGUGUUUGUAUCAGGCACAAAUUCUAAGGACAUUUUGACGGCUUUCCAAAAAUCUUCUCAUGGUUCAGCUGGUUGGACUAAACAUUCAUCAAAGCCUUUUCACCACGAACCAUACCUUGCUCUUAAUUUCAUAUUGCCUCUUAUUUUAUGACUCUUAUUUUCACAUCUGUUGUAACUGUUCUGUUUGCUACUCCGCCUGAUGGAUCUUGUGAAGGACGUUGCUUUGUGACGUAUGUAGCAAAACGGCUGGGAGUGAUCAGGAAGAGAAGAGGUGACCGAGAGGUUUAUGCAUCAGAAGAUACCACCUCAAAAUUUGGAGAGAAUAUAUAUAUGUUAUCUUAAAUAAAGGGACCUCUAGUCUGUGUACUUUCUUUGACCCUAGAAAAUAAAAAACCAAGAGCUUGGAAGUGCCUAAUU